AUGUCACCCAAACGGCGCAAGACUGGAAACACCACGGUGUCUGACAGGGACGUCGCCUCAAGCAAUGCGACUUUGAAAAUCUUUGCGGGCCACAAGCAGAACAGGUGGAUGCAGGGAACAGCUGGCUCAUUCACUGGGGAAACGGCAGGCCUACAAGCUCAGGGCAUAGGGCCAGCGAGACAGACUGAAAGGGCAGCGGCUUCGACAGGCAUUGUGAGUGACACUAUGUGGUCAACCAGUGCACCUCCAACUGCUGGACCGGCAUGGGCAGGCGAUAUGAGGACGAGGGUGGGCAUGAGUGGUGGCGGAGCAGGAACGAACCUCGUCAGCGACGAUUCGCCAUUUGCGGCAAGAGCAACACCCACCGUACCUUCUACGACCACCCAAGCAGGCAGGGAUGAUCCGAGCCUACAGGCAAGCGCGGCUCCGCAGCAAGGACUACCGUCUCCGGCACCCAGCGACGAGAACAACACACGUUCUCCCGUUGUAAACAAUGGCACGAUCGCGCCCAAUCCGCCCCGUCGAGGUCCAGGUCGGCCGCGAAAGUCGCUACCUUUGACAUCGCCAGCAACGGAAAUGCCCAAUACGUCGUGUGUGCAACAGUAUGUGCCCCUCAACCAGCAGCUGCGAUCGCGGAACACAGGCACCGGCUUCGUGCCUCAGAGACCCUUGUCUAUCUCAAGCCUAACUACGCAGCAUGCACCGCACCCUUUCAAUCAGUCGAAUCCACCUAUUGGAGGGCGAACGCAGCAUGCGUCACUUGGUACUCCAGGAGCGGCCGUCGCUUGGCCGAGCAAUCCCAUCGGAGGGACACCUCUUGCUAACAAUUACCCGCCCGGCGAUCCCCAGCGCCCUUGUUUUGUACCUCAAAUGCCGGGUCAGCAACAACCACCUCAGCCAGUCCCACGUCCACAGGUCCCUCCACUCCGAGCUUUCUUCGAUGCAUCCACCACCUUAAAGCGCAUCGAUGCUCAACUUGGCCAUUUACAAGCCAUCGGUAACGGCAAGCUGAAGAGCGAUACCGGCCGCAUGUUGUUGCUCAGAGAGGCGGCAUUUAAAGCCGACUACUUCUACAUCGUACUCAACAAGCUCUUCUGCUUGCGAUCAACAUCUCCGUCAUCGCUCCCAUUGUCAAUUCAGAGCAUAGCUGAUGCGUCGUGGAGACAACUCGAAGCGUUAAUAUGCGACAAUAAGACGUUGAUGCGCGAGAAUGUUUCCUGGGGCGCCGAGUUUCCCAUGCCUAUCAUGGGCAUCUACUCGUCUGAACUCGAAGGCUUCAAAACAGCAUACGAGUUGCAGGUUCAGCGCGUCGCCCGCUUCUUGCGCGUUCUGCCACAGCAGUGGCCAUUGAUGGUGGAGGAAAGCGUACGACGGAAUGCGCCUCCACUCGUGCAAGAUCUGGCUGAUAAUCUCUCGCUAUCCAGUCCGGCGUUAAGGUCGACAGCAUUCAGAGCCAUUGCUCGCAUUGUCUGGGGCAGGAGAGCGGCCGUCAAUCUGGAGACGGGAAUCGAAUGCCUUAUGCUUUUGCACAGUCUAGACGAAGAGAAUUAUUCAAUCAAGGGUUUCCGAUGGACCGACGCGGCGAAAGAAGUGGCGUACACUGCACUUGCGAGUACCCAUCAGUCGUUCCUCGACUACGAAAGUCGUAGCAGCAUCCCUCCGCAAGGGCAAAGCGUACUGCCGUUCACAUUGCCGCAAGAUGUCAUUGCGGUGUUUGCUAAUGCGUCGAGCCAACAAUAUGUUGCCCACAUGCAGCCCAGGCAGUCUCGCGUCCCACAGCAGAGCCACGUUGCCGCUCCAAGUGGAAGCGCCAUGCUAAGGCAGCCAGGCGCCGCGCAAGCUGUCGCUCAAUCUGCACAGCAGUUCGGAAUGCCUAGAGCAGGCACUGGUGGAGCUAUCGUACGGUCUCCAAGACCUGCGCCAGUCGGACAACCACUUCCACACAUGAUGCAGCCGACAGGAGCCUGGGUUCAGCCGCCAACACCGCGAAAGCCACAUGCGCUGUUUCCGUCAUACGACAUGUGUCCCCGCCCGCAGCCUACCCAGCCAGAUACCACGAAAGUGGCGCUGCAUCAGGCUCAUCUUCGCAGCCCAAUGCUUCGUGCGGCAGAAGUCGACGGCCAACCGCAGAGGCUGUACCGCUAUGUCGAAGCCUGCUCUAUGUCGCCAAAACUGAUCAACAAGCGGCAACCGGUUCAGACUUUCACCUUUGGUCUGCCAGAGAACGUCAUGGACAACCUCCCGGUGGUUGUAGGGAGCGCGAAAGGAGCGCCAUCGAACAUGCUGCUCUCCGAAAGCUCCAAAUCGUACCGGUUGCGCUGCUGCCCUGCUACGGGUGGUUUCGGAAGCCUGGGCAGCUGGAUGGAGGCCGAGAACCAAUGGCCUGAUGCACUAUACUUCGACUUUAAUGGGCGCAUGCUGCAGACGAGGCGGAAACUGCAUCACGGCCGCUUCUUACCGAUCGAUCUGACACCAUAUGUGCGACCGGGAUUGAACGAGUUGCAGGUUGUGGUCAAUCGUACAAGCAAUGACGAGACUGAGUUCACGUAUGCCAUUGCCGUUGAAAUGGUGGGCGUGGCGAACCAUCAGACGAUUCUAGACGGUUUAACUCCGUUGAGUGCUGAGGAGAGUCUGGAGACGAUCAAGCGGUCACUGGGUGGUGGUGGUGGCGCGAACAAUGACGAUGACGUGACGAUGGUCUCCACCAAUAUGACCAUCAAACUCUUCGACCCCAUCUCCGGCAGCAAGAUCUUCGACACACCCGUGCGAGGCGAACGGUGCAAGCACCGCGACCCUUUCGAUCUGGAAGUCUUCCUCAGCCAGUGUAGGCGCCCUCCGACACCACUUAGCGAUCCAAACUCUAUCCCGCCUACUGUGGUAGACACGUGGCGCUGUCCCAUCUGUCGUAGCGACGCGAGGCCGACAACGUUAGUGAAGGAUGAGUUUCUGGUGCAAGUGAGGGCGAAUUUGGAGCGGUUGGGGAUGUUGGACACAAGAGCGAUUGUGGUGGCGGCAGAUGGGUCGUGGCGUCCGAGGGAGGAGGAGAGGACGGGGGUGAGGAGUGGAAGUUUAGAGAGGGAAGAAGGUGGCGGUGGCUCUGUGCCGCUCAAGGGGAAGGUGGCGACGGUUGUUAUUGAGCUUGAUUGA